AUAAAUUCGUCACUCCAAAAUCAAAAACCCUAAUCCCCAAAUUCCUCCCAACCAAUUUCGGCAAAACAAAUUGAAAAAGAAAAUUAGUUCAAUCUCCCCCAAAAACAUGUCCUCUCUCGGCGAGAUUCAUCACACGCCGGCCGCCUCCGACCCCCGAGUCCCGCUGAUGAAUCUCUCCGCCGUCCAAUCGCGGAUGGACAACCUCCACCAAUUCCUCUCCGAAUCAGUCACCACCAACACUCCGAUCGGCCGGCCUCAGAUGGAAAUGGUGAGCUCGGAGAUCACCUCCGCGAUCCACCAGAUCAUCGUCAACGGCGCCGCUCUCUUAUCCUGCGCCGCCGCGCCGUCUGUCAGCUCGAAUCAAUUAGCGGAGGAGAAGGCGGGGAAGGUGCCGAAUCAGGCGGAAUUGGAGCAGAAUCCCGACGACGAUUACGAGAUAAUCGAGAUCGACGCGGUGGAGCUGCUGGCGGAGCACGUCCAUCUGUGCGAGAUCUGCGGGAAGGGGUUCAAGCGCGACGCGAAUCUGCGGAUGCACAUGAGAGCGCACGGCAACCAAUUCAAAACACCGGAGGCCCUGGCGAAGCCUGGCGGCGGAGGAGACGAUUUAAUCCGGCGGAAGGCGAGAUUCUCGUGCCCCUACGCCGGAUGCAACAGGAACCGGCGGCACGGGAAGUUCAGGGCGCUGAAGAGCGUGGUGUGCGUGAGGAAUCACUUCAGGAGGAGCCAUUGCCCGAAGAUGUACGCGUGCGAUCGGUGCAAUCGGAAGAGCUUCUCGGUGGUGGCGGAUCUGAGGAGCCACAUGAAGCAUUGCGGGGAGAGUAAGUGGAGGUGCUCGUGCGGGACGAGCUUCUCGAGGAAGGAUAAGCUGUUCGGUCACAUGGCGCUGUUCGAGGGCCACAUGCCGGCGGUGGAGGAGGAGGAGGAGGAGGGAAAGGGGAGGAUGAAGGCGGAGAGUGAUGAUGUGUUGUUGGAAUUGGAUGAGUUUGGGCGCAUUGAGGAUUAUUGCUUUGAUGAUGUGAUGAAUUCGCCUAAUCUUGGCUAUUUCAACUUCUAAUGAAUACGGGAGAGAAGUUGUUGUUUGUUUAUGAGUAUCUAAAUUUUUCUUUUUCCUUUUCUUUUUUUAGUUGGAUUGUGUGUAUGUGAAUAUAUGAUGAUUCUUGGAGUUAUCCAUGGCAAAUAGAUUUUUGAAGCUUAUUAAGUGCA